GAGAAUACAAAAAGGGCUUGUGAGAAAUAUCUCUAUUAAGCUGCAGGAAGAGGAGAGAGAAAGGAGAGACAAUUAUGUACCCGAGGUCUCUGCACUUGAGAUGGAUAUAAUUGAAAUUGAUCCAGAUACCAAGGAGAUGCUGAAGACUUUGGACUUUGACAAAAACAUGGCAAAACUAAUUAUCACGCCCCCCCCCCCUCCUAUUUCGCCACCUUCCCGACCACCGUACACAGUGGUACACAGUGCAAGCCCUUUUAUUGAAUCGCCAUUUUGUCACAAACAACAUAUAUCUAUAUCGACUGUAAUAAGACAACGAAGGGGGAAAUAUAUACUGGAUACACUCUGA